CAUUUGUCCCUUAGUCAUCUAGGUCGUUCAUACACCAAUAUAACAAUCCACACCUGUUCAGAAUGCCAUUAAUGGAAUUGGGUAUGCAUCAGGUACAAGAUCAAUCCACUUGUGUUUUGCUCCGGCAAGCAUAUAUUCUGUGAUCAAUACUGUCGGACAUGAGACAUGGCUAUCAAACGGACAACGACCACACGCAUCCGAUUGUUUGAGCGGACAGGCCCCGAAGCAGUGAUAUAUGACCUGUCCAGCCCAGGGUGUGUCACAAUCACGAUCCCCCCCAAAUCACAGUGGACAUCGGAAGCUCACUGGCACGAAACGCAUACGGAAUAUCUCCAGAUUCUUCACGGGCGUGCUGUUGUCAGACUCGGCCAAACUACAGGAGAAUUUGGACCUGGCGACGGUGUCAUUGAGGUACCUAGGCUCACAGUGCAUGAGUGGCAUCGUGUCAGGGAAGGCGAUAAUCAAGAAGAUCUGGUUGUUCGAGAGUGGACUGUGCCGGAAGACGGACAGAAAGAGGUUUUCUUUCGGAUGUUGAACUCGUUCCUGACGGAAGAGCGUCCUGCUUCGUUGUACACAGCGCCGCGAAUGACGCCGAGAUGGGUGACAGGGUGGAUCGAGCCGUGGGUUGUCAUGAUGCAGUUGUUUGCUAUCUUUCGGGCGUGCGACAAUUGGCCUGUGUUUGUUGGAGGAGACACAAAUACAAGUGGUGGAUCACCGGGACUGUUCAGUUGGUAUGUGACGCAUCUUGUUCUGAGUGUCAAUUCUUGGGUAGGAUAUGUAUUUGGUCUGAGGGGCAGGUACAGGGAGUAUGUGGCGGAUGGCCUUCUUGAUGGAAGGAGGCAGCCUAACAACAGAGAUGAAUCAAGAAAAGAGAAAUAGCAGACAGCAUACACCACAAAAGGACAAUGCAUUGUGCCCUGGAGAUGUGAAAUGGCCCCUUUAACGAUUCAGCCUUACCCCCCGAGUACAGGCGUC